CUUAAACCUCGAUUUUUUUGAUAAUUCAUAGCUAUUAAAUCAGAAAAUAGUGUUUACGUAAAUAUUGGAUUGGUUUCUUUAUAAAGUUAUUUUGUUUUGUGCUGUUUCUACGCUGCGGUGAGUACAGUCUUGGUUUUAUUAUGUCGGGACGAGCAUCUAGGCCUAAGAAAAGACGGGAGCCAUCAAGUAAACAUCGCAAGCGUUGUCGUGAUGAUUCGCAUAGAAACCAAUACUGUCCUUCCCGUGACGAUGCACUUGAUACGAUUAUUGGGCGGUUAAGUGCGAUUGAAGAUAGGCUUUCUUCUACGCCCGCAUCUAUGACUGACACACUCCCAGCACGUGAUAUUAUCACGCCACCGUUGCCGACAACAUCUGCUCACACGGAUAAUAUCACAAUCACAUCGGUUGAAUCGGCUAAUAGGAAUGCAAACACAGACAGUUCAAUAGUCAGUGCAUUGUCAUCCCUUUUACAAGUUAGGAGUGGUCAUUACUAUAUUUCAAACUUUGACCCCGACAUCCACGACUUUGAUGUUUGGUGUGCUGAAGUAGACAGGGGGCGUGAGCUUAACCGUUGGGAUGAUCGGGAGUGCUUAUCACGCAUAGGGGGUUGCCUUUUAGGUCAAGCGCGUACAUGGUUAAAUAGCUGGACCUCGGACAAUCGUACAUGGACAAACUUUAAGGUGGAAUUUCGUUCACUCUGCCCGCGGAAUAUUGACAUUGCUAACAUAUUAUUUGAUGUAAUGUGUACCAAUUCAAAUAAUUUCAGAACUUACGCUGAGUAUGCACGUAAAACAAUACUAAGAUUAAACAUUGUAAAAGGUUUAUCGGACGAACUCAAAACUGCAAUUGUAAUUCGUGGAAUUGUUGAUGUACAGGUCAAAGCUGCUGCUGCUAACGGUAAUCUUACCUAUCACCAGUUAGUAGAUUUUCUUUCGGUUUAUUGCAAACCUAAUCAUAAUGCUCGAUCGACCCGCAACAUUCCUCAACAGGUUACAAAUAAUGAUGAUAGUUCCAAUAUGCGUAAACGCGGGUUAAUAAAUGACCAGUCGGGUUUUAAAUGCUAUAAUUGCGGUGGUUAUGGUCAUAGACGGUGGCAAUGUUCAAAAAGACAAAAAAUGGAAACUAAUGAAACCGUCACCAAUUCUACUACAACAAAUGAUCCCCAAUCACUCCAUAAGACACACCUAUCUUGCACAUUCUGUGGAAAAAUUGGUCAUUCAGUACAAAAAUGUUUUGUUAAACAACGCACAGAAACUAAUAAUAAUGGAGCAGUGAAUGUAAAUUUUUGUCGUAAGAAUGAUUUUGCUCAACAAAGUAAUGUGAUGUCUGCUGUGGUUGAGAAGGUUCCGGUGGAUGUUUUGAUUGAUAGUGGGUCCGACAUAUCGUUGAUAUCAAAGUCAGUAUUGAAACACAUUAAAUGCAAUCAAGUACCUACCUAUCGAUUAAUGCGGGGAAUAGGAAGCCAGGAGAUCGAGUCUGUUAGUUACGUUACUACGGUAGUAGAGUUUCCGGAAAUAUCCGUAGAAGUUGAUUUGUACGUUGUACCGUCGGAAAGUAUGAGUGUACCUCUAUUGUUAGGCACGGAUGUUUUAAACCGUAAGGGCGUAACUUACAUACGCAGGGGUGAUUCACAACGGCUAACAAGAGAUCAAAACGAGGCUCAGGUGCAUCAUUUACGUGCUUUAGAUACUGUUGCUAUCAAUACACCAUUGGUAGGUGACAAUAAAAAUAGGCUGCUCUCUCUUUUAAAUGAAUUCUCAGAUACGUUUAUCACGGGCACCGCAAUGACUACUGUCAACACCGGCUGUAUGGAAAUAAAGCUCAAUAGUAAUAAUCCCGUUCAUUACCGACCGUACAAACUUUCUGCUGACGAGAAAGUACGAGUAAAGGAAAUCACUGACGACUUGUUGGAUAAAGGAAUUAUUCGUGAAUCACAGUCGGAGUACGCCAGUCCAAUCAUACUUGUCAAAAAAAGAGACGGGAGUGAUAGGAUGUGCGUGGACUACCGUGCCUUGAAUGCGAUAACAGUCAAAGAUAGAUUUCCUUUACCGCUUAUCGAUGAUCAUAUCGACAAAUUAGGGAAAGCUAAAUUCUUUUCAAGUUGCGACAUGGCCUCUGGGUUUCACCAGGUGCCUAUGAAGGAUGACGAGUCUAUCAGUAAAACAGCAUUUGUAACACCAGAAAAUCAUUUUGAGUACUUGAAAAUGCCCUAUGGCUUGACAAAUGCUCCUGUCGUAUAUCAGAAAAUCAUUUCAAAGACCUUGAAAUCCCUGAUAGACACUGGAAAAGUCCUUACGUAUAUAGAUGACGUGCUCAUAAUGUCAGAAUCGAUAGAUGAGGGGCUUGAGCUCUUAAGACAAGUUCUUGAGACACUCAGUGCUGCCGGCUUUUCAAUCAACCUUAAGAAAUGUGUUUUCUUAGAUACAGAAGUUGAGUACUUGGGGAGAUUGAUCAGUCAGGGUCAGAAAGAAAAAAAGAUCUCAUUCCCCGAGUAG